AUGGCCGACGAGGUGGUGGUGUUCCGGGUGUGGGACAGUCCCUUCAGUUACAGGGUGGAGCUCGCGCUGGCCCUCAAGGGGGUCAAUUUCCGACGCGCGGAAGAAGACCUCAAAAACAAGAGCUCAGAGCUCCUCUUGUACAACCCCGUCCACAAGAAGAUCCCCGUCCUUCUGCACGCCGGCAAGCCCAUCGCAGAAUCCCUCGUCAUCCUCGAGUACAUCGACGAGACCUGGAAGCAGAACCCGAUCUUGCCCGUAGACCCCUACGAAAGAGCCAACGCGCGCUUCUGGGCAACAUACGUAGACGACAAGGUAAUGUGAACCAAUCCGGUGCUAGCUUCCUCACUCUCCUCAUCGGUUGACGCCACCUGCUCGCUGUUGCCGACAGUGCUUGGAGAUUCUGUGGCGGGCUUGCUGGACCCGGGGCGAGGAGCAGCAGAAGUGCAUAUCGGAGGCAGGGGAACGCCUGAGAACCCUGGAGACUGCUCUAGAAGGGAAGAAAUUCUUCGGGGGUGACACCAUCGGCUUCGUGGACAUCGUCGUCUCGUUCCUCACUCCCUGGAUGGAAGUUCUGCAGGAGAUGGCCAGGAUACGCUUGCUGGAAGAGGAGAACUACCCCAGACUGUGCAGAUGGGUCAGAGAUUUCUCGAGCUGCGAUGUGGUCAAGGAAACUCGGCCUCCCAGAGAGAAACUCGUCGCCUUCUUUGCGACCUUGAAGCCUCCUAAUUAG